GCUGCUAUUGGGACGCGCGCGUGCGUAACAGACGCCGCUUGGCCGCUCGCGUCCCCUCCCAUCCGCCUCGCGCCAUCCUGUCCGCCAGAGGUUACAACCGGCCGGGGUCCAACCCUCGCAAAUAUGGGCUUCUGUGCAAACCGCAUCGGCCGGUUAGCUGCGUGAAGGUUUCGUGCGACUACCCGGACAGUUUCGUCGGCUGGGACAAAAAAAAACAAAGACACGCGUCUGUUGUCCGCGAGGUGUUCCGUCUCUUUCUUGUGGAGGUUGUUGGACGGGACAGCGGAGCAUCGACCGAGGCUUCCCCCACCGCGGUGCAUCGCUCCAGCCCCAUCCCGGCGAUGCUGCCGUGCCUGCGGAGAGCCCUGCGGCCCGCCCUCUCCCUGAGAGCCGGGACCGGGUUGGCCGCAGCGGGACUCGGCGAGCACCACGCGCCUGCUCCGCGGUGGCCUCUGGAGCAGCGGCGUGCGCUGGGGACGCAUCCGCUCAACGAGACCGUGGAGCCCCUCAACUCGCCCCGGGGUGCCAAGGAGUUUAUCUACACCCUCCAUCCCUCCGAGCGCACCUGUCUGCUGCGAGAACUGCACAAGUUCGAGUCCAUUGCCAUUGCUCAAGGACAGGUGGAAGUUGCACCACCUACUUCAGCAGAAUUAAAAUAUGUUCUGCUGCACAAUGCAAUCCCAUUUGUGGGAUUUGGAUUCCUGGACAACUGCAUCAUGAUUGUUGCUGGCACACAUAUUGAGUUAUCCAUCGGCGUCGUCCUCGGCAUAUCAACCAUGGCCGCUGCUGCCCUCGGCAACCUGGUGUCGGAUCUGGCUGGACUUGGGCUGGCAGGUUAUGUGGAAGCCUUAGCGUAUCGGCUGGGAAUGCAGAUCCCUGACUUAAGCCCAAAACAGGCGGACAUGUGGCAGACCAGAGUCAGCUCUCACGCAGGCAAAGCCAUCGGUGUCGCCAUCGGCUGUAUCCUCGGAAUGUUUCCUCUUUUCUUCUUAAACGAUGAUGAUGAGAAGAAAAAAGCCCAGAAAGAGGCAAAGGAGAAAACACAACCUCAACCAACACUUGCUCCAACAGAGAGCGGCAAAAACUGAAACUCCUCGGAGACUAAUUCUAUUUGAAGUCCUUUAGAAUACUUUAAACUGGGACUGAUUGUGCUUGGCUGGUGGACUGGAGUGUCUGGAAAUGUAAUUCAACCUGUUACAAUCUAAUCAUCGUCGGAUUGCCCAGUCAAACUAUCGAAGGUAUUCUGAAGAGGAUUUUAGAUAUUAUUUCAUUGUAGACUUUUGACUUAAGCACAGACACCUAAACAUCUCUUGAAGAGACAAGAAACGGUUGAUUCAUUGGAAUGCUGCUACUCCAGCUCUUUCACAUUGUGAUACAAGCAUCCAAUUUGGUAGAAAUUCUCAAGACCUAUAUUUUUGAAAAAUAUCCACAAUGGAAAAACGAUAUGGCCGCCAUUUUCCAAGAUGGCCACCAGCCUUUACAUACCUGAACUGCAAUUGGGUUAUCCAAUUUUGAUGAUCAAAAUAUGGGUUUCUCAGUAGGAGAAAUCCAAUUAUACAGUCCAAAUUGUCCAACAAAAUUGAGAUAUACAAGAGAUAUUACAAAAAUAGUGUUGAUCAGUCAAUCAUCAUAAUUGCAGGCACACAGCUGUGUGCACUUGAGGCCAAAGCGAUAGCCUUCGCGUCUUCCACGGCAUUCUGUCUUGUACCCACAUUUUGUCCGUUGUGGACAGCUCUGAGCAAUUUGCGGACGUGUCACCACACGCCCAAUUUCCCCUUCUUGGCAUCCCCAGUUGGCAGGGCUUUCUCUAUGCAUUUCAUAUACAGUUGCUUGGCCCCGGAUACAGACAGGUAUGUAGUAUGUAGCACGUUACGUAAGGGAUGACCUUAUAGGUGGUUUUGCCUCAUCAACCCCAUUAGCAGGGCUGUUAUUGUCGUACAUUGUUACAACAAACUUCUCAACCAGCUAAGGUCCACAUUAUCUGUAACUGGUGGGUAUUGGCUGAGCUUCUGGAGACGAGACACUCCAGGGAACACUUCCCAGGUUUGCAAUGCAGUCUUUUUUCCUUUAAUACAAAAUGCUGAUACAACAACAUCAUAGCGAAGGUGUGAAAGAAAAGGAUGCCACAGGAUUUUUUCACCAUGUCAUGAACUGGUAACCACCUGAUACUUACCUCACCUGAGGCUUAACUCCACCGUUCUUCUAAUCCCGCAUCUUGCAGAGUCCCAAAAUCACUGACUGCAAGAAUAAGUAAGUCGGUAUCACCGGCCUUGAUCAAUACAAAUUUGAUAUGCUGAUCAAAUGCGGGCAGGGCGUGCAGGAAGAUUCUGCUGACAGCCUCUUCGUGGUUGCAAGGACUCUCUGACACGAAGGUCUCUGACACCCAGACUCUCUGGUUUGUUGUUAAAAACAUGUUCCCCUUCGGUCACAAUUGCAAAACUUUCCACACAUGAUACAAUUCAGUCGGCCAGAAACUCAAAAACCUCAGUCUUGUUGCCAUUAUCUCACUUACAACAUCUGCAAUUGGGUGGUACUUUUGUGUAGGCCGUCACUCUGCGUCUACCUCAUCUGCUUCGUUUUGACCCUAGAGACGUCAAACACAAUCAAUAAGCCCGUAUCUCAGGGGACAACCAGCUUUUGGUUUGGUUAGUAGGACAAUUGAUGUGCCAUUCAUUAUAUAGAGGGCUGAUAUUGUUCUGCAAAUUCAGAUAAAAUUACAAAUUGCGUCAAAAUACAUACAUUUUGAUGCCUAGAUCAGGACCUGGUUACUGGGCUUUUCUGAAAGAGUAGUAUUUAGGCAUUAUUCAUUCAUUAUUCAAAUUUGAUGCUUGUAUCACCAAGUGAACGGUUCUCAUGAAAUAUUGACUUCUGCUGGACUAUGUCUGCUAAAACUAAUCCUUAAUACAUCCAUAACACGCUGGAGGGGCCUCUUUCUCCCCUCUGCUCCGAGUUUGUUGAAUAUAUAAUUGUCUGACUCCAGGUCAGGUAAAGGUAAUAAAUAGUUUGGAGGCUCCCUAAGAUGACAACAAUCUGUGGUACCAAUGCAAGAGGAAAAAAAACACCUUCAGAACUCAUUCAUAACAAAAUAUUGAACAUGGCAUUUAGACAAUGAAGGUUUUCUCAUAGGUGUCAGAAAUCCUAUGGAAGAAAUUUAAUGGAAGGGAAAAUCCAAUGGCUCGAUUCAGCAAUCUUAAACCAAUUCCUAGUCAGUUUUUGAGCGUGUUGAGCCGGGGGAAUAGAUGGUUCCUUUUGCAAACUAAGAUGCAGUCUUUUAUUACAUCAAGCACAUUUUCCUUCAGCACAAGCAUGUCCAUGUCAAUUUACAUCACACUCCAUGACGACCACCGUUCAGCCACUGAGAAUGCAGACCGUUAAAUAGCAUUGACUAGCAGCUUGUUGACAUUACUUUAAAUUCACGCUGAAUGUAACCAGGUAGGCACAGUUGAAGAGCGCGUUACCGAGUAGUUUGUUGAGAAUUACAGAAAGGCAAAGGGAGGAAGAGACAGGAAGUACCUGUGGCACAAAGAUAACACAUAGGACACACUGAACGAGUUGAGUCGCCAGUGACACUGACGCUCUGGUUCCAAUACGAUUUAUCUCUUCGCCAACCUGCAGGUGGACGACAACACACCUCCCCUGCCCAGUUUCUGCUAUGUAGCCUCACUUAAAACCACAGCCCAAUUGGUUGUUUUAAUUUGACUUCACAGUUAAUUAGGUGUUUAUUGCUUUCUGUUACAUAUUGUUUGCAUUCAAAAACAAAUGUGCAUACUAUAUUGUCUCUGCUCUGUUGCCCUCUACUGGUUGAAAUACAGUGUAAGUUUCUUCUUCUGCUUUUCCUGUUUGGUAUUCAAGCCCCUUGUUAUCUCUCUACGAUAAGUGUUCUUAAUCAUUGUUUUCAGCUUCUUUAAAUGAAAGGAAGCAGCCGAAAAAGUAUUUAUUUUUGUUAUUAUAUACAGACUUGUCUUCAGUGUAUAUUCUCUUGAUCUCAAAGAAGAAUGAACGAUAGAAAAUAUUUGUGAACACUUAAACCCCCUUUCUUGGUUUUCAACAGGAAAGACUUUGCAACCGGUCGCUGCGUUACAGCCCAUGACUGAACCUGUGCUCGAUGUGCUCUGAAGACUUACCCCGAUAAGAUUGUUCUGAUGAUUGAACCGUUUUAAAAUAUUUAUGUAGUUAGGAUCGGAUUUUGUGAUUUCCACCUUGCAUGCACUGCUGAUAAAACAAACCCUAUUGUACAUGUUUGCUGUUAAAGAAUCAUGAAAAAAACGAUGUAAUGGAUGCAAACCACUACAAGUGGUCAAAAAUCAAACGGGUAACUUCAUUGACUUGCAAUUAAAAAUUGGGUUGACUCCUGUGAUAAAAAAGGAAAGUAUUUUAUGGUUAUAUAAACUGUUACAAAGCCCUUAAAGCAAUAUAGGCCUAUUUUGUUUUUGUGUGUCUGCAGAGGAUUUUGAAGUUUGGAAAUUUGGACAGUGUGUGGCAAAGAAUUAUGGGAGAACUUUACUUGAUGGGCAACAUGUGACAACAGUGAUGGAUUACGGAAAAAGAAGCUGUUUGCAUUUAAUUAUAUAUUGCCUCUCUCAGUGCUUUGAGUCCGUCUUUUGUGCAUAAUUAAUCACAAUAAGAAAAUACACUGUAACUUGGGAGCUACUAUCUUGACUUUGCACUACAUCGCUGACGUUAUUAAAUGUCUUUAUGAAAGAAUGAAGUUAGAGGAGAAAAUAAUUGUGGAGAUAAUUGAUCUUUUUGAAUAAUUUUUCUUUAAAGAAAAAAGGGGGAAUGUUACAUACUACGUUACAUCACAAGUAUAUUAUAUGAUUCUUCAUGACCAAGGUGGGAAAUACAUGAGCCAAUGUCGUAUAGGUUUUGAGUCAAAUACCUUUAUUUGCUAUUGUAGAUUGUCAGCCUGCUGUUUUUGUUUAUUUUGCAGACAGAAAUGCAAGCGAUACAAUUUUAAGUUAUUUUGAAAUGUGUGUUUUCAGUGUUUCAGCUUAAAGCUUGAGUUUCAGAAGACUUGGAAGUUUUAGUUGAAGAUUUGGCCAGCAGGAGUCAUUAGAGGCAUUUUAUUGUUCUUCUUAGUUGACGCAGUGUGUUGUGCAUUCUAUAUAUGCUUGUGUGUUAUAUUGACCAGUCGUAUUUGGCCAGGAUAAUCCUAUUGAAAUUGAUUGAAAAUCUCUUCUACAAGGGGGUUGGCACAGUAAUUCAUGGACUCCAGCAGAUUAAUCUCACCGAAUUGAUUAAUCUCGCUUUGCAUCUUGUCUAGAGAGGCGUGAGCUGAUAGAGGCUCCACUGACCUCAGCUCCAUUUCUCUCUCAGCAAAUUUGUAUGGACGGGUUAAGAACCUGAUCUAUUGCUUUUGUGUUUGCAGAUUCUUUAUUCGUUUGGCCGCAUUGAUUACUAUUUUAUGGUUCAUGGUGCUAUAAAAGAUCGUUAUUGGCUGCUGUCAAUACAUUUUUGGGGAUGCACUGUGGUGGAGCAGCAAGUAUCAAAAAUAAAGUUUGAAUCUCA